UCACUGCCCACAACUGCCCGCGACAACACGCUCGCCAGCCGCCCUUGUCAUCACCACCAACACCUUAAGACAAAUCACUCAAAAUGUGUGACGACGAGGUUGCCGCCCUGGUUGUGGACAAUGGCUCCGGCAUGUGCAAGGCCGGGUUCGCCGGCGACGACGCCCCCCGCGCCGUCUUCCCCUCCAUCGUCGGCCGACCCCGCCACCACGGUGUGAUGGUGGGCAUGGGCCAGAAGGACUCCUAUGUGGGUGACGAGGCACAGAGCAAGCGAGGUAUCCUCACCCUCAAAUACCCCAUCGAGCACGGCAUCGUCACCAACUGGGACGACAUGGAGAAGAUCUGGCACCACACCUUCUACAACGAGCUGCGUGUGGCCCCCGAGGAGCACCCCGUCCUGCUCACGGAGGCGCCUCUCAACCCCAAGGCCAACCGCGAAAAGAUGACCCAGAUCAUGUUCGAGACCUUCAACACCCCCGCCAUGUACGUCUCCAUCCAGGCCGUGCUGUCCCUGUACGCCUCCGGCCGUACCACCGGCAUCGUGCUCGACUCUGGUGACGGCGUCUCCCACACCGUGCCCAUCUACGAGGGCUACGCCCUGCCCCACGCCAUCCUGCGUCUCGACCUGGCAGGCCGUGACCUCACAGACUACCUGAUGACCAUCCUGACGGAGCGAGGCCACACCUUCACGACCACCGCCGAGCGUGAAAUCGUGCGAGACAUCAAGGAAAAGCUCUGCUACGUGGCCCUCGACUUCGAGGAGGAAAUGGCCACGUCUGUCCAGUCCUCUUCGCUGGAGAAGUCCUACGAACUGCCUGACGGCCAGGUCAUCACCAUCGGCAACGAGAGGUUCCGCUGCCCCGAGGCGCUCUUCCAGCCUUCCUUCCUUGGCCUGGAAAAUGUUGGCAUUCACGAGACCGUGUACAACUCCAUCAUGAAGUGCGAUGUGGACAUCCGUAAGGACCUGUACGCCAACACCGUGCUCUCCGGAGGCACCACCAUGUACCCCGGCAUCGCCGACAGGAUGCAGAAGGAAAUCACUGCUCUCGCGCCCUCCACCAUGAAGAUCAAGAUCAUUGCUCCCCCAGAGCGCAAGUACUCCGUCUGGAUCGGCGGCUCCAUCCUCGCCUCCCUCUCCACCUUCCAGCAGCUCUGGAUCAGCAAGCAGGAGUACGAUGAGUCUGGCCCCUCAAUCGUCCACAGGAAGUGCUUCUAAGCAAGCAAGAAUUGACCUCAAAACACUACUAACCAAAUUCUGUUGGCUUAGCUCUCGAGAAGGAAAUCAGUGCUUAUGAACUGAACUUCGUCAUCAGUCGAUACCAACAAAUGAUGUCACUCUGAACAGAUUUGGGUGAAGCACCGUCCUACGCAACACUGUUUUAAACAACUUCACUGCAGCCAACAUAACCUCGCUGAGUGGCAGGGCAGCUGGUGACUACGUGUCUGCUGGGCGCAGACUGACAACUGUUCCGGUUUCUUAAUUAGAAAAUAUCUUCAAUUUACAGAAAAAUAAUGUUCAGACAAUAGUUGAAGAUAACUUUCCAACCAAACUUUUCAAGAUGAUCAAAUCACACAAAAAAAAGAUUUGUUGUGAUUCUAAGCUUUAACAUUUUUCUUUAACCAAUGGAAGGCAGCGCUGUACAAAUUUUAAGUGAGAAAAAUUAACUUAUUUUCGUGUCUAAAUUAAUCUGUACUUCUGAAUAAAAAUAUACGUUGUAUAUAUAA